GGUGAUCUUCGGGUCUCCGUAUUUCGAAGUGAAGCUAUUUUCCUCGAGGGUGGGCACGGGGGUGUCGAAGGUCUUUGGGGUGGACUUGAGUGAACGUGGGGGGAUCGGAGAACGACGGCAGAUGGUCGACGUGGACCCUGGGAAGCUUGGAACACGGAGAGUUCCCACAGCCAAGGCGCACCUGCCUCCCCCACUCAGUUACCCCGUGACGUCAGUGGCCCCUAUAAAAGCACCGGGGUGGUUGGCCAGAGCAUCAUUCGCUCACUAGCUUUCCCGACACAAACGUCAAACAGACUCCGUAGAGACGUAGCCAACCAAUUUUGGUAAAACAACCCCAUUCGAAAUAUAGUGUUGCGAAAAUUUUCUUGAUAGAAAAAAAAAACAAAAAAAAAAAAAACAACAUCGACCGAUCGCCAUAAUCAUAUCGUCUGCCUAACCGAUACCGCGCGGUAGAGAUACGACCUUGUGUUGAUCCCGAUCAUCGUCAAUUAAAAGUUCGAGAAACGUGUUGCGUAAUCUACGACCAAAAAUGGCCGCCACCAUGAGCCACGUGUUCGAGUGCGAGAACGAGCUUAACGACAACUUGUACAACCUGAAGUUGUCCAACAAGAAGCGGACCUCCAGUCAGCGAGUAAAGAAGAUACUGAAGCCGCUGCUGCGCUUCCUCAAGAAGUCGAGCUCCAACGGCGCCAAGAAGAUGAGCAAGUCCAUCGAAGGCCAACGGGCCGAACCUCAGGUCGAAAUAUUCACCGAGGAAGUCGACAACCAAAACAACGCCAACGAAGCUCUGGAACAGCGUCUGAUCGCCGAUCUUCAGGAUGCGGAAGAGGGAGCGGCCAUCACCGUAUGCCUCGACGGACAAAUGACAGUGGUUCCCGUUGUACCCGGACAGUGCUACGUCCCGGUACACUUCGCGCAUACCCACGCCGGUGACUUCUACUGGACGACGAUGUCCCUGGCCGACAGUGACCUUUGCUACAAGGAACGUGCAUUUUCGCAAAAUCAACUCCCGGAAAUGCAGGUAGCCUAGAUCGGUAACAACCGCUGCGAAUCGCCGAGAAUUUCAACCGGCAUUUCGUUAACGAAUAAUAACGAAGACUGCGGAGAAGAUGAAACAAGAAAAAAAAAAAAAAAAACGAGAAAAUAAGCGAAAGAAGAAGACGACGUCCGAUACGCCCUGGCCUCUACAUUGAUUAAAAAAGAGGUUCACCGGGGCUGACGAGGAGGACGCGAAGAGAGAGACAGAGACUAUAUAUUUAGGAUAUAAGAACAAUUAUUUGAAACUGUGAUGAAUAAUUUAGACGAUAUAUUUAAAUUAUAUUCUAUCUGAUAAUUGCUCAAGAGAAUUAUGAUUACGGUUAGCGGAGGUCCCGAAUAUUUUUCAACUCAAUAUCCAGGACUUUGCCCCUCGCCUAAUUCCCGAUAUUCUGAGUAGUAUCGAAGGCUUUAGAACAUUUAUACUACGAUAUCCUAUUACGAUUUAAAUUAAUGUUCCGUAUAUAUAUUAUGUGCGAUUUGUAUUGCCCGAUGAAUUUUCGCACCUGUGAUAUUUGUACCUAGAAUAUUAAAUUUAGGGACUUAGAAUUAACGACGAUAUGUCGAUUAAUAUUACGUAUUGUGAUAUUGGCUUUAAACGGCGGCAUAUGAUUACAAUUUGCCAGCCAAUCCACCACGUAUACUAUAUUUAUAAAUAACUAUAGAAUAUCCACGUGUCUUCCAAUUUGACAAAUAAAUUUUAUUAUUAUCAAAAAACAAAUCUCAUUUCGUCUCGAUGUUUCGAUAACCGUUGCGCGAUCUCCUCCUUCUCCAAAAUCCUUCCAAUACCGUUUUCGUUAGUUCGAUAUUAUAGAGCAGUUCACCUGCAAUUCGAAAAUAGUGAAAAAGUUUUCUGCAAAACUUGUACCUCAGUUCAGUUGGUCGUUUCGUAACAACCGCCUCCUUUUUCUCGACAAAGGGCUUUGCCUGGGACCGUUGAGAGAUCUUUUCAUAACGUGAGACCCCGGUCAGAAAAAGGCCCAGAUCCUUUCAGCCCCUUAUUUAUUCAGGUCCUAGAAAGGGUCUGAAAAUUUCGGCGCCAAAAUCCAAGGGGCAAAGUAUUGUCCACGGUUUCCGUACGGCCUCAAUACCCAUCUUCGGACGUAAAAAAAUCUCCUCGCUUUCUCGUUAUAGACCCCUUCGUGGGAAAGGAACGCGGGAGAACAACUUUCGGUUUUUCUUUUCACAACGCACCGAGGGAAAUUUCGAAAUAUUUGUUUAUUUAUUUCGGUUUUUUAUUUUUUUAUUUUUCAAAUAACAUGUACAAAAAUUCUGAUAAUGAAUUACAAUCAACUGUGUACUCGCAUCGUAUUUAUUACGACGUCCGUUAAUAUGGAAUGUUUUUCGUUUUACACGGGGUACAAAAAUUGUCAGCAUUCGGAUUCGGAGGUGACCUUCGGACAUGUGCAUCCCAUAUGCGCCGUUUAAUUAUCCGAAUAUGUGGGACGCGAGUUUUCUCUGCGCUGCGCACAUGUGCAUUUACCCACGCGGUGAAUCGAAUACCUCGAAGGGUGCGAACCCGGAGUAUUGAAUAAACGUGAUUUUCUAACUAUGGGAUGAAAAAAGCGUCCCCCGAUCGGCUGAAUAAUCCAAUGGAACGACGACAAUGAGCGCGCACUGCCGGCGCAGGUUCCCGAUGUUCGACAUUAUGCUCCGCCAAGGUAGAUAAUGAAAAUAACGGUACGGCUGCCGCGUUAUUUUUUAGGGUGAAUAAUAUUCAAGGGCGAUCCGGGGAUAGGGUUGAUACGCCGACCCCAUAUGUGCGGUCCGCCCCAAAGGUGAACGACGCGUUUCACGCUCGUCGGUUUGUCGC